AUGUAUGCGAGCACUUCACGUGUGCACUCUUUGCCAAGGCCCGUUAGCGGGGCUACAUCGGCCGGACGCGACGGCCACUCUGCGACGUCGACCACACGGGAAGGUUUUACGGCGUCCAGGCUAUUCGGGGACGAAUUUGCGAGCACAACUAGGCAACGCAUCUUCAGGAGUUCUUCUAACUCACAGGAGGUGGUUUUGUUUGCGGUGCAUCCUCAAACCAUAGUCCGGCCACUGCGCCGAGCGGUGCGGCAGGUGUAUACCAGGCUGCUUGAGUGGCUAUUGGAUGUCCUGCAGCGCCGCGGAAUGCAGCGCAGGGUCGCACUUGCGCGACUCAAUCGCACUAGAUGGUUUGCCAAACUCUUCGACUACACUUCAGUGGAGAGGAUGCUGAAUAUCUUCAAGCUUUACUUGAGCCAAUCGGAUGCUUUGGCUGUGCCUCGGGAGUUUGUGGAUGUUUAUGACGCAUUUUCGCAUGAAAUAAAUCGUUAUUGCUUGUCGGAGUCGGUACGACCGCGGGCAGAGAGUUCACGAGGACACCGCGCAUUGGUCGUCGGAGGGAUCGAUUUUACCGAGGAGACACUGAAGAGCAUGACAAGAUCAUUCGAGCCGAUGCACCAUCCCUCGCACCAGACGCCUAUAAUGCCUAUGCACGUGCAAUCAGUGGGAUUACCAGGAUCUAUCGGUGCCGCUAAUGCAGGAGGCGUAGCGUCGCCGACGGACCCCAGCGGCACAUCUACUAACUACAGCCCAGAGGUCAGCAAAGCUGCGAUAAACCGCCGUUACCUGGUCAACCAGGACAAUCUCUCCGUGUUGGUCAGCAUGAUUUCACGCCUCCAGGGGAUUAUGAAGCAGCGGCAGAAGACCCUUGACGACCUCAAUAAGGAACGUCAGGAGUUGGCCAGUCGACUACGCGAGCGUAAACGUGCUUUGCUGGAGCGCUGUAUGGCAUUGACCGAACAACAUAUUCUUUCCGACUCUAAGGACUUGGAGAAAACGUUGCUCGACAUACAGCAACAGUUCGACGUAACUGGAACCAAUCGCACCGCUAAAGCUCUGGAGGAUAUUGAACACAAUAUGCACGUCAUCAGCCGCUGCGCCAAGUCACUAUCGUGGUUGUAG